AUGAGCAGAAGAAAUAACAACAACAACGUCAGAGGCCCUACUUCAGCUUUGACUUCUUUUUUGAGAGAACAAGGCAUUACUGGCCCCACUGGCGAUCCUUAUAGGCGUCAACAGCGUGAAAUUCAACAGAAUCCUCCACCUCAACCAACCACUUCUCGCUCACCAAUCCCACAUCACCGCUCUGACUCUGAAGACCUUGACGACGAUCCCAUUCAGCCUUCUUUGAAGCGUCAAAAGUCUAAUCCUCAAAUUGAGCAAGACGAUCCUUACACUGCUCCUUCAAAGUCUCAAAGCUCUUCAGCUGGUGGCGUCGGCAGUAAGACUUCGUGCAUCGAAUGUCAAUCAAAGGUUAUUAUCACAAAGUAUACUCCAACGGGUCCAGACGGUAUCGGUGUUCUCUGUCCAAAGUGUACCUCUGCCCACGGUAUUGAUCCCUUCAAGCAAGCUCAAUCAAAACCAAAGCCCAAAAAACCUGCUCAAAAAGAAAAGAGAAUUGCGCCUAAAGUUGAAUCUUCAAAACCUUUAUCAUCCUUAGCCGAUUAUUCUAUUAAAGUCAUCAUUGCUAACAUCGAUUACGUCGAAAAUCUCGGUGAAAUUGGCGGUGAUGCAACAGAUACGAUAGCAAAAGUCCUAUCAAAGAAUCGCAGUCUUAACUACAAGACGGUUCAACUAUUUCUUGGCAGUCAUCAAGACACACUGUCUCUUUACGAUGCUGCGAACCUUAAUCCUGAAUGUCUAAAAUCUAUAGCAACUCUCUGUCCAAGUAUCUCUCGGUUAAAAAUAGCUUUUGCUGGUCAAUUAAAUAACGACGUUAUCAAAGAUUGGUGUUUAAGGUUUAGAAAUUUACAACACUUAGAUGUUCAUGGUGCCUACCUCGUUAAGUCAGAUGGAUGGAUCGAAUUCCUAAAUACUAUUGGCAGCUCUUUACAAUCGCUCAGAAUUUCUGAAUGUCCACACUUUGAUCAAAGCAGUGUAGAAGCAGUUGGAAGGAAUUGCAAAAAGCUCAAUGUACUUAGUAUAUCUCAAAUCAAGAUGGAAAAUCAGGGUGUUGAUCACUUAAAUGGAUUGAAAAAUCUUAAAAAUUUAGAAAUUGUCCAAGUUGAGGGUAAUGUCACAUCGGAGGCCAUUGUCAAUUUACUUUCCAAUGUUGGUCAAUGUCUUGAAGAGCUCAACUUGUCUAAAAAUUCUGACUUGGACAAUGGGCUACUUACCAAUGGCAUCAGAUUAUACUGUCCGAAUCUGCGGAUUCUUAAUCUGAAUAGUUGCGACUUGAUCGAUAAUUCUGGCUUCGAGGACCUAUUCAAGCAAUGGAACAAUAUCGGGUUAAAGCAAUUGGACAUAUCAUUGAAUCAUGUCAUCAACGACAAAUGUCUAGAGACGAUUUUGAACAAGAUUGGACCAACGAUCGAAUUGUUGAAUCUAAAUAAGUUAAAGGAUAUCUCAAAAGAUUUCCUUCUAAAAAUACCUUCAAUGAUUCCAAAGAUCAGAGAGGUUGAUAUUAGUUGGUGCAGACAGACAGAUGACUCCGUAAUGAAGGAGUUUGUUGAAACUUGUCCGGAGUUAAUAAAAAUAACUUGCUUUGGCUGCUUGUUAGUAACUAAAGACUGUACACGAAAGCCUGGCACGCAGAUAAUGGGAUGCCCAGCGUUAACCAUGUAA